GCCCUUCCGACGUCGAAAGAUACCCCUCGGCCAUCUUCUUUGCCGAAUCUCGCCUCUUCUCCCUCUUUUUAUAAUCCCAUCCUUCUAUCUGAUCUGAUUCCUCCCCCUCUAUAAAUCCCCCUUCUUCGCUCCUCCUCCUGCGUGCCGCGCUCGGGAACGACUCCAGCGAGCCAAGAAAAGGUGAGAAUUGUGUGCCUUUCUUGGUCCUCAUGCGACCUUACUUCGACCCUGAUUAUGAAAAUUUCAGCCAAUGGAUCAAUCCCCCAAGAGUGUGUAUAGACAAUGUUACCUGCAAUGACUGUACACUUGUUAAGGUGGAUAGUGUGAACAAGCCCGGGAUACUUUUGGAAGUGGUGCAGGUUUUGAGCGACCUUGACCUAGCCAUUUCUAAAGCUUACAUCACUUCUGAUGGCACAUGGUUUAUGGAUGUAUUCCAUGUUACUGAUCAGCAAGGAAGAAAGAUUACCGAGAAAAAGACUAUCGACUACAUUGAGAAGGCUUUAGGUCCAGAAAGCCUAAAGGCGGACUCAUGGCCAGGAAAAUCAGUGGGAAUGCACUCAUUUGGUAAUCACAUUGCUAUAGAACUAAUUGGCACAGACCGUCCAGGCCUCCUGUCUGAGAUCUUUGCGGUCCUUGCAAAUCAGCAUUGCAAUGUGGUAGCUGCUGAGGUUUGGACCCACAAAAUGAGGGUUGCUUGUGUUAUAUACAUAAAUGAUGAGGCCACAUCUGAACCAAUGAAGGAACCUAGCCGCAUGUGUACAAUGGAAGAGCAGCUACGGAAUGUUUUGCGUGGGUGUGGUGAUGAUGUAAAAGGUUCUUGCACUAGCUUUUCUAUAGGUUCCACUCAUGUGGAUCGUCGCCUUCAUCAGCUAAUGCUUGCUGACAAGGACUAUGAAGGUUAUGGUGGCGCUAUAGAGGAGAAAGAUGACAUGCUUUUCAGGCCAGUCAUCACUAUUGAUCAAUGCGAGGACAAAGGUUACUCAGUGGUGAACAUAAAGUGCAAAGAUCGGUCAAAGUUGUUAUUUGAUAUAGUCUGCACAUUGACGGACAUGCAAUUUGUUGUUUCCCAUGCCUCAGUCUCAUCUGAUGGCCCCUAUGGUGUACAGGAGUUAUAUAUUCGUCACAAGGAUGGAAAGAUCCUUGAUUCAAAAGAUGAAAAGGAGAGGGUCAUCAAGUGCCUCGAAGCUGCAAUUCUUAGAAGAGUAUCUGAGGGAUUCAGUUUGGAGAUUUGUGCUAGAGACAGAGUAGGGUUGCUCUCUGAUGUGACAAGAGUUCUUCGGGAGUAUGGCCUCUCGGUACUAAGAGCAGAUGUGACGACCAUAGGAGAGAAGGCCAUGAACGUGUUCUACGUGAGGGACCCAUCCGGGAAUCCAGUGGACAUGAAGACCAUCGAAGCUCUCCGACAGGAGAUUGGACACACCGUGAUGCUCAACGUGAAGAGGGUACCUUCCACCACCAAGUCUCCCGAGGCCAGUGGCUGGGCCAAGACCAGCUUCUCCUUUGGCAACUUGUUUGGUAAGUUCUUGAGCUGAUCAGGGGCACAGGGUUGGCCUCUUAAGGAAUGAGGCUUGUUAGUAAGACCUGCAUGUAGAUUAAACAUCCCGCAAAAUGUAAAGUAUUCAAAUAUGGAAUGAGAGGGACUGCUAGUAAAGCUGCAUGUACCGAAUGGAUUCCAGAAUUAUCUGUUUGGGGUCUUGUAGACCAGAUGGUGCUUUAAAGGUUCUGUCCCAUGGGAUAAGGGCAUUGAUCUUAUUACUUGGAGACAGGUUUUUCUGCA